AGUCCCUGCCACUGCCUCUGUGCACAAGUGACUUCAACUUUGGAGACCACCAGGAAGAGAAUGUUAAGUCUCUCUGAAGUUUGACUGAGGUGAAGAGAUAAUGGAGGACUGUUGGAAUGGCUGUUGCCAUUGUCUCCAACCCGGUUUUGAUACGAAACUUUAGAAGUGUAUAAGCAGCUUUUAGCACACAAGCAAAAAGUUGUACAAUCAACCAAGCUUACUACGAAAAUUUCUGCUACUCAGGAAGAGGAUUUCCCAAAAGAAGGGGGAGGCGUCGGUGGUUACAGUAACAAAAACAACAGUGACAUUGUUGAUCCAGUCCUAAGGAAGGCUGAAGGGAAAGCUCUGGGAACCUUGAGCUGAAAGAGGGGUUGACUUCCUUUGGGAGAAAGACAUCCUUUGUGAGUGAGCAUGAUUGGCAAAGGAGGGAAGGCUCUGUUCAAGACACCCCUGGGUUCCAGGAAGCAUCUGAUGGUGAAGAACAAACAUGAUAGCUGGGGACAGAAAUCCCACCUGCAGAGAAACAUCAGUCCUGGGCAGGAACUCUUCCGACAGCUCUUUAGACAGCUGCGCUACCAAGAUACUUCUGGGCCCCAAGAGGCCUUGGUCCGACUCCAGGAGCUUUCCCGAUGGUGGCUGAGGCCGGACAUCCACACAAAGGAAGAGAUUCUGGAGCGCCUUGUGCUAGAACAGUUCCUGACCAUCCUCCCAGGGCACAUUCGGGCCUGGGUUCUGCUGCAUCACCCGGAAAGUGGGAAGGAGGCGGUGGCCCUUGUGAAAGACAUCGAGAAUCACUUCGAUGAACCAGAAAGGGAGGUCUCAGCCCAAGCUCAGGUUCAAGAUGUGGUGUGGAUGGGGACUACGUCUCUGGGAGCAGCACAGGUAUCCCAUCCUAUGCCAUCCUUCUGGGGUUACUCCUCACCCAGGACCCACUUGGACUCUGCUUAUGAGACUGAGAUAUUCCACCUCCAGGAUUCCCCAAAUGUUUCUCCAACUGCCCAAGCACCUGCUGUUCAUCAAGAGGGGAGCACAGAAGAUCGGGUGAUGGCCACGUCUCCAGAAGCCAGGUUACAGGACGCCGUGACGUUUGAGGAUGUGGCCAUAUACUUCAGUAAGGCAGAAUGGGCGAAACUCUCCUGUGCUCAGCAGGCCCUGUACAGGGAUGUGAUGUUGGAGAAUUAUGAGAACUUGGUCUCUUUAGCGUGUUCAUUUCCCAAACCUGCUGUGAUUUCCAAGCUGGAGCAAGUAUCAUUGGACCUUCAGGAAGCCCCAGACCAAGAAGAUUUGAGAAAUACGGAUGCAGAUGAUGAGCCCCAUAAUGAGGACAAGAAGUUGAUUGUAAAACAGGAGACUGUUGAAGAAGAUUCUCAAAAAUCAUCACUGGGAAGUCUCCAAACCAUUGUUCCUGAGCAGCCUCAUUUUGAAGAGUCUUAUGAACACAAGAACAAAAGGGAAAAGCAGGGGGAAAAUCCAGCUCUGGAGAUAAUGAAGAGAGAGGAGAGAGAUUUUAAGUACAUGGUAGGCAAGGUUAUAAAAGGCACUAUACGGGAGACAGGGGAGAAUUUGUUAAGCUCAAACCUUGCUAGUCAUCAAAGAGUUCCCAAACCAGAGAAAGGCUAUAAAUGUGAUGAGUGUAGCAGAUACUUUACACAUAGUUCAGACCUUUUUGAACAUCAGAAAACUCACAGUAGGGAGAAAUCCUUUAAAUGUGGUGAGGUUGGGAAGGCAUUCAGUCAUACCUCAGGACUUGGUCAAGCUCAGAGAAUAAAGGGUAAACAUAGACGCUAUAAAUGUAAAGACUGUGAUAAAUCUUUCUAUCACCGCUCACAUCUUGAACACCACCAAAGAUUUCAUACACGGGAGAGACCGUAUAAAUGUAAAGAGUGUGGGAAGACCUUCAGGUGGAGCUCAAAUAUUGCUCGACAUAGAAGAAUUCAUGCUGGACCAAAACACUAUGAAUGCCAAGAAUGUGGAAAAGACUUCACUAGAAUUUCCCAGUACAUUAUUCAUCAGAGAGGCCACUUAGGGAAGAAACUUCACAAAAGUAAUAGAUAUAGUAGAACUUUCAGGCACAUCUCAGCAUUUAAUAAACAAAAGAAAGUCCAUACUGGGGAGAAACCCUAUAGAUGCAAAGAGUGUGGGAAAACUUUUACAAGAAACAGAACCCUCCUUGAUCAUCAGAGAAUUCACACUGGGGAGAAACCCUAUAGAUGCAAAGAGUGUGGGAAAACUUUUACAAGAAAUGGAACGCUUCUUGAUCACCAGAGAAUUCACACUGGGGAGAAACCCUAUAGAUGCAAAGAGUGUGGGAAAACUUUUACAAGAAACAGAAGCCUUAUUGAACAUGAGAGAACUCACACUGGGGAGAGACCCUAUAAAUGUAGUAAGUGUGGGAAAUCCUUUAAUCGUAAGUCAUACCUUUUUUUUCAUGAGAGAACUCAUGACCAAGAGAAACGUUACAAAUGUAACAUUUGUGGGAAAGACUUUAUGUGGGGCUCAGGCUUUGCUCGACAUCGAAGAAGCCAUGCUGAGGAGAAUAACGAUAAAAAUAAUGAGCAAAGGAGAAUUUUUAACCAAAACUCUGGUGUUCAACACCAGAAAAUCCACACUGAAAAGAAGUCUUAUAUGUGUCAAAAAUGUGGGAAAGCUUUCACUCGGAAGAGAACUCUUAUUGAUCACCAGAGAAUUCACACUGGGGAGAAACCCUUUAAGUGUAGUCACUGUGGGAAAUCUUUUAGUUGUAAGCCAUACCUGAUUGUACACCAGAGGACUCAUAUCUUUGAAGCUCAUAAGAAAAAUCACAUCAUAAAGAAUCACUGUGAAUGUAAUCAAUGCGGAAAAACCUUUCCUCAGAAGUCAUCACUUAUUAUACAUCAGAGACUUCAUUCUGGAGAACAACCAUAUAAAUGUAGAGUCUGUGGGAGAGCCUUCAAGUGGAAGUCGGACUUCACUCAACAUCAGAGAAGUCACACUAGGGUGAAACAUAAAUGUCAAGAAUGUGGUAAAGUCUUUAGCCGAAAAGACAGACUAAUUGAUCACCAGAUUAUUCACAGUGGGGAGAAAUUCUUUAAAGAUCAGCAGGGUGGCAAAACCUUUAAUGGGAAUAACAGACUCAUUGAGCACCAACAAAGUCAAAAUCAUCAUGAAAAACCUUAUAAAUGUAACAAAUGUGAGCAGUCCUUUAGCUGUGCCUCAGUCCUUAGCUUACAUUGGAAAAUACACGCUGGGGAGAAACCCUAUGAAAAUGAUAAUACAGAUUCUUUGCAGAACUCAAGCCUUACCUCAACUCAAAAGAGCCAUAUUAAAGAGCGUGUCUAUAAAUGUAACAUUUGUGAGAAAACCUUUCAUCAGAAAUGCCAGCUUCUUAUGCAUGACAGAUUUCAUAGCCGAGAGAAACCCUAUAAAUGUAAUAAAUGUGGGAAAAAGUUCAGAUGGAGCUCAAACUUAUCUCGACACCAGAAAAGCCACGCUCCAGAGUAGAUUGUUAAACUUCUUAUUUUGUAGUUCUGUAGCUGUUACUACAUGAGACAUCUUAGCUAAGGAGAUUUCAGCUGUGCCAUUGAUGAUCUUGGGGAGGGAAGACUGAUGAGUGAUUUUCUUUCCUGAAGGGGAAUUUCCAUCACACUCAUGGACAGGUUCAAGAAUUCCCUGCAUUUUUAGGAAACUUGUCCCCAGAGCAGCAUUCAUAAAAAUUAGGGGAGAGAUGUCAAGCCUGCUUUUAGUUGAAGCAUAUCACAUGAGGUAAUAUGAUACUGACAUUAGGAAGAUUUGUCUUCAAUGUUCCCCUUUUGACACUAGCUGUGUAACACUGGGCAAGUCAUUUAGAUUUUGUAAAUGCAGUCCUUUUAUUCUCUAAUUGAUUAUCAGUUGCAUUCUUCAUGCUUUGAGAAUAUCUGAAAACUCACUUGUGUGUAUUUACUAAAUGAUAUGUGGGUUGGUGCAAGGAAUCACAAAAUCCAACAGUCAGGGAAUGGGGGCAGUGGAAUGUUCAGGUAGGAAGGAAAUAAUUGUUCUUUAAUCUGAGAGAAUGGAACAAGUAAAGAUUGAAUUGGUUUCCCUACAAACAGUUCUUCAGGCUCAAGAGAAGUCUGAAUUUGUAUGAAGGGAGUUACAAGAUUUUUCUUUUUUUUUUAUAUUGAGGGAAUGAGGUUGAGAUGUUCAUGGGGAGGUUACCCUGUCUCUUACUGGUACUCUGGCCUUACUCUUCUGGUCAUCCAAAAUACAAUAUAAUAUUUUAAGACUGGGUUUGAUUGAUGCCAGGGAGUACCUCAACCUUCCUCCUUUUGGCUUGGUAUUUUUAGUCACUCUGACCCUUGUCCUACACCUAGUCUGACUCCUUUCAUAGUUAGCAUUUAUCUUCAGCCUUACAAUGCUGUCCUGUAGUUUUGACUUGGAAAAUUACUAUUGACUACAGUGUUUCCUUGGAUAGGUUCAGGCCUUCCCAUCUGAGUCAUUUCGGGAAAUUAGACCAUAGUGCUAACAAAGUUUGUAUUUUUAUAUAGGCCAAUAGUAUUAAGCAGUUAUUUUCAAUUGAUAAGUUGUCCCUGUGUUAUCAUUCAAGAUUAACAUUUAUUAAAAUUGAAUUGGUAAACAGAAGCAGCCUUUGGUUAAUUUUCAAGUCUUCCACUUUCUUUUGGUCCUAGACACAUACCUUUUUUUCCUAUACCCUGUCAUAGAUUUUUCCAUAAUCAUCCCUAUUUACUUAACAGUUAGCCAUGGUGCUGAGGUUUAAAUGCACAGAUCACAUGUGGAUGAAGUGUAUAUAGAAGAAAAAAUUAGGGUGGGGGCAAAUGUUUUAUUAAUCAAAAACACAUUAGGAAAAUUGAGAAAUCCUAUGUUGUAUGUAUUCGGAAGGUAAAGUCCUAGCAGUGUGAAUAUUAAGCAAUCAAAACAUUGGUGGAGCUUCUAGUCUAGUAAUACAUUUUACACUUAUUUUUGUAGGAGAUUACAAAAAUGUGUAACAAAAUACUAUGGGAUUGAUAAAACUGUCAAACCACACCUUAGGGUUUCUAUCUCCAUCCAUGUAGAACGUGGAAUCAUCAGAUAUGUAUGGGAUCCAACUGCAUCCAGAAAAACCCUCUCAGGCAUCUCCUUCCUCUUUUUGACCCCAAAAUGACCUCAGUGAGCUGUUUUGUGAUGUAACUAUCUCAUGCCCUUAUGGAGCCUCAACCAAUUCCCAGAAGCCACUGUAACUCCUUGCCACCCUUUCUAGUAUUGAUUGCACUUGAAUUCAUUCCCACCACCAACAACCACCUGGACCUGGAGAGGGAAUCAAUCCUAAUCAUUUCCCUACACUGCUACCUCUAGACUUGCCUUCUGUGGCUAUCUGUCACCAAGCUCCCCCUCUCCCUGUCCUCCCACCUUUGAGUUCAGUUCCUGGUUCAAAGCUUUCUUCAACUUCAGCAUGUUAAUUUUUCUUUUAAACAUGCUCUUCCUAUUUCUUUACCUCAUGCCUUGGUCACUGGAGUGGAUGGUCACACCCUUUAUCUUACAUCAUUUAUAAGUAUUUUUCUUCCAAGAUGAAUAAUUAUGAAGUUCUUUUAUGUGGCUAUAACCUGUUAGAAUUCAAUCUCCCUACUCUCCUGAGCUGUUCUGGCUUCCCUUUCCUUUCUUCUCUGUCUGGACCUUGUCAUUAGCCGGUUUAACAUUACACAGUCUUCUAUUUGUGUAUGGCUUACCCUUGUGUCCUAUUGAAGAUCAUGCUUUGCCAAAUUUAAACCUUGAUUGUGCUCACCAUCUGCCUCAGCUGCUCUUACUUAAAUCCCACUGCAUAGGUCUAGAGGUCAUACAGUUAUGUUGAUAGUGCCUGUCUAGUCUCAACUGGCCACUCCAGCGUACAGUCUUUUCUCUGAUUCCCUAUUGCAUUCACAGCAAACCUUUCUCAAGCCUCCCAUAACAUUCUGUCUCCCCCUUCACUUUAGCCUUCUCUUCUACUUUUUAUAUAAAUACCAUUUUAAUACUUUAUAUAAUUUUUUGAAAUAUACAUCAUUCUCUGUGAGCUCUUUUUUGACUUAAUACCCCUUGACAUCACCAUUUUCUCCUUUAGUCUAUAAUAAAAGAGGCACACACACGCACACACGCAAGACACACACACACACACCUGAGUGUGUCUUAACACUCUUAUCUUGGGUUUUCAUCUUUCUAUACUUGGUGACCUCACCACUUUUCUUAGAUUUAGUUAUUCCAAUGCAGAUGACUUAGAUUCAUUUGUCCUACCCUAGCCUCUCACCUAAGUGCUAGUCUUAUAUCACCAGUUACAUAGUGGGACAUUUCUUUGUUUUUUGUGGGGCAAUGAGGGUUAAGUGACUUGCCCAGGGUCACACAGCUAGUAAGUGUCAAGUGUCUGAGGCCGGAUUUGAACUCAGCUCCUGAAUCCAGGGCUGGUGGUUUAUCCACUGUACCACCUAGCUGCCCCUAUAUGGGACAUUUCAAACUAGGUAUCCUAUGGGCAUCUCAUUUCCCAAACAAUUCAUGUUUCCCGUAAUGCUCACCACACUUCCAAAUUCCAUUUUAUGGAGUAUAGAGCAGAAUAAAAAAUAUUUUAUAUGAAGCCAUGUAUCUCUUCCAUUUCAUUCCAUUACCUAUUUUUUUAAAAACCCCAAUAAAUUCAGAACUGAUUUUCUGUGCUUUCUAAACGCCUGUUUGUUGUCUUUUUAAAAUGUUUCAAUGGCCCAUUUUUUCCAUUUGUUUUUUCAUAUUAUUACUAAACCACCUUUCCCUUCUGCCACACUCCAAUAAAAACAAGGGGGGAACACACCUCUAAACAAGCAUAGUAAGCAAAACAUCCAUGUCCAAAAAAAUGUCUUCUCUCAUACCUUGAGUCAAUCACUUCUGUCAGGAAAUGGGUGACAUGCUUAUUUAAUCAUAGGCUUAACCUCUGGUUAUGUGGUUGGUUAUUGACUUGAUCAUAAUUCUUUAAGUCUUUCAAAGUUGCUUUCCACAAAAUAGUAUGGCAGAAACU